GAACGAGGCUUUCCAGCAACAAAUGCUUCGGAACAAAGACAGACAAAAGCGAACUGUAUAUAUUUCUCUCAUCAUCGAGAGCAUCGCUGAUUACGAUGACUCUUGUUUCUCCAGCUAGCGUUUUCACGCAGCUUUUGUUUCUUGCGUUGACUUUCAUCAUCCGGCCAGACCACAACUUUCGUGGACCACAUGCCACUCCUCGGCACAGCAAAUCACAGGACAGGACAGCGAAACUCACUCAUUCAGGCACAGGAACUUCAUAUGGGGCAAGGACUAGGACAUUUGGGUUUUGCGUUGCUUUCUUCAACAGUAUGGGAAAUUUUUUAUUUUUUUUGCAACGGCUUUUUUCAGGUUUUGGGUUCAUUAGAAAGGGAAAAAAGACAAGGAUUCAGAUCCGCCCACAGAGGUGCGUGACAAAAACAAGAAAGUCAGUUUUGACAUGAAGGUUGUGCAGUCUUAGCGAGGAUCGUGAUGGAUAAGGUAGCCCAGAGCUAGGUAGACAGCUAG